AUGCCGAAGGACAACUCGGCAAAUGUUGCGGGGGAGGAGAGAAAGGAGGCAGCGUGCACGGCAUCUGUACCGUUAAGUCUCCAGAACACUGGUCAUAUGCAAGCACACUCACAUUCCCAGACUCACUCUCCGCAUGGUAAGCAACUUGGUCGUCCUAAGAGAACCAAGCGGAGACCCAAAUUGCGGUUUAACUUUAUGAAACAGUUGCAGUUGCAAGAUACAAAUUACGAUCUGAUCACCUCUGUCGCCUACUUGAACGAAAAAUAUGGAUUGAAGAAGGCCCACUACAUAGAGAAGUUCGUUAAAUGUAUACACAGGAAAAUUAAUCUGGACGCCUCGAGGAUUAGCGACCAAUAUGUGGAGACUUUGGGGCCAUGGAUCAAAUCAAAACUGUUUCUGUUAAUUGUGACAUUGGCAGAGAGAGGCGGCCCAGAGUAUUGGCUGGACAAAAAUGAUCAACUGAAGGACGAAUCUAGAGAAGACAACGACGCAGACCACAGCGGCGAUGAUGAUGCUGGAGACUUUGAUCCUGCAAACCGAGUGGACCAGGCGACUACCCUCGAAGAACCGGAUUCCACAGAUGGGGAUGCCACUUUGAAAGAUGAGGUAAGCACUCUGACUGAACAGAUCAUACAACAAAAUAUCAACCAGAACUUCAAAGAGACGACGUACGACGAGAACUACGUAUUUUCCUCCAUAUGGGCUAACUUCAUGGAAGGGCUGAUUAACCAUUACCUUGAAAAAAUGAUCGUCCCACAUUCAGAGAUGAAAGUGUGCCAACAAUUGUACAAACCCAUGAUGAAAAUUAUCUCGUUGUAUAACGAGUAUAACGAAUUGAUGGAGAAAAGCGAGAAGAACGGGUUUCUACCGUCACCCAAUUCAGAAAGAGACGUCACGCUCAUGAACAAGAGCAUGGAAAACGGGAUCGAGGAGGACUUAAUUUCUCAAGAAAGGCUGCAGAGAGCCCAAAAGUUAUUGUGGCAAGCUCGCCAAGAUAUACCCAAGACAAUCAGCAAGGAACUGACUCUGUUGUCCGAGAUGUACUCUACACUGUCUGCUGACGAACAGGAUUCGGAACUCGAUGAGUUUGUCUGCUGUGCCGAGGAAUACAUUGAGUCUGAGUUCUUACCGGGACUAGUCAAUGUGCUUUUUGCCAAUUGUGGGUCCUUUGCAUUUUGGAAAGUGCUACUUGUGUUAGAGCCAUUCUUCUACUAUAUCGAGGAUGUAGGAGAGAGUGAUGGAGCUGAAGAUGAAGAAUUUGACACCGUUGUCGAUGAUGAAGAAGUCGACGGAUACGAGGAGAACGAGGGAUUAAGCGAGAAGAAACGAGUCUUCAAGCCGGAUCCGAGAGUGAUAACUUUGGAGAAAAUUUGUGAAGUUGCAGCAAAACAAAAUUGGAUUUGA